AUGGGCACCUCGGUUCUCUACUAUUCCGCGCACCCUCAUAUCAUCGAGCUUAUCCUCUCGCACAUUCCCUACAGCGCUCUGGGCGCUGUCGGAGCUACGUGCAAGGGCCUCCGCGCUUCGGUCGCGGCCAUACAGAGCCAACACCUGAUCCUGUCGCCCUUGGUAGGUGACGAACUUCUCGUCCGCACUCCUCUCGGCCGCCUUCCGGGACUCUACAGCAUUAUCUUCAGGGGCGACAUGGCCAAGGAGCUCGCCCGCAUCAAGCUCUUCACCGACCACACCACGGUUCUUGACGUGCAGGGAUUCGUGGGUGGCAACAUCAACCUGACUCGCCUUGCGCCCGCUUUCCCCAACCUGGAGACGUAUCGCGCGAUCACGGACCCUCUCGACCAGAGUUUCACGCCCUACUUCCCUCUUCCGUGCAAGACCCUGGUCAUCUUCUACAACGAGGACGGACCCAACCCUGGAGGCAUGCGCGAUGCCGACGACUUUGACUCGGACUAUGAAGACUUUGACGACGAGGACAAGAUAAUCCCCGAAGGCGUCAUCCCUGCCGUUCCCGAAGGCGUGCGCAAGACUGUGGUCAACAUGAAGGGAGACGACGUUCCUGUGGCCGAUUUCUUCCCUUGCAUCUUCAACUUCCCCACCUCGGUGCAGGACUUUGUCAUCGUCUUUCCGUUUUACGAGCUCGGCAAAGCGAGGGGCAGGUUCUUCAACUUUACUGCUCCCAUCAUCGUCAUGGACACGGUCGAGCUGGUCGGCACGGACGCGAUGUACACGCUUGUGGGACUCGACGAGGCGUCCCGUGGGUUCAACAUGCUCCAACAUAUGCGUGCCCAGCUUGGACGGUGGGAGUUUACGGGCGACAAGAGCAAGCAAGAGUGCAUCAAUGAGAGGCUCGACCACGUCCGCAUCCGCACCAAGGCCGAGUACGCCAAGAGCGUCAAGGACAUUGAGCUGGAGACGGUGGAGCACAUCUACCGUGCCCGCUGA